GAGAUGAUUGGUUAUGAGACUGUACGAGACUUCUUAUACAGGAAAAUGGCGGCGGAAUUUUUGGUUUGACUUUUUGGCUGUCCUUCUAUCACUGUUUUGUUGGUGAGACUUCAUCCUCAUAAACGUGCCAAAAAGCUGACGGUUUUUGGAGGACAAUGUAACGGCAUGCAGGCAGGGUCAGGGCACAGGCGUGCAGCGAGCGCUGGUUCGGAAGUGCGGUUGCUCCGAGAAACGGCGUCGCAGCUGAGGAGAGAACUGGUUGAAAGUCGAGCCGAGACGCAGAAAGCUACAGAUAGGCUACACACCCUCAUCGGUCUUGUGAAGAGGGCGUGGUCAGGGGAUGAAACUGCUGCGGUGCAUGUAGCAAAUAUUGUAGGUGUAGCCCCACCUUCCUUUCAUCCGGAUACAACAGCAAAGGGGAACUUAGGGACAAGAAUGUCUGGGGACCAGGAAGAGAAGAGCUUCAGACUCACAGCUCUACCGAAGUCCAGAGCGGUGAACAACUGGGCGUUGCUGACAAUCCGUGUGCUGAACAGAGAGUACUGCAUGCUGGAGGAAGAGCUGAGACAACAGCAGCACCAGUAUCUGCACAGGAGGGAGAUGUUCAUGAACGAACAACUGCAGGACAAUCCAAGCAAAGUGAGAAUAUCAUCAGCCAAGAAGAGACCAACACUGGGAGAUGUGGGCAGACUUGGAACACCAACAGACAAACUGAACACAGCCACAGCACCCCCUCCUAGCCCAGAGGCCACCAAACCGCCCCUCCCCCAUGGUCGCUCCCCAUCACAUGGUCACCUGUACAGACCGGCAUCAGGGAAACGACCAACGCUACAGGACGACAGCAUUCACUCCCUGGUCGACCUGUUCAUCGAGCCCACCUACAGUGCCAAGAAAAACAAGCUGAAGGAGGUCAAUAGAAUGAGGGAAAGGGCAGGAAGUGUUGGAGAAGAUUCAGAGAAAUACUAUCAGAGCUUCUCAGAGAGAUACCCAAAGCAACCAGACUUGUACAGUGCUAGUGAAAUACUGGACCAGCGGAAGCGCCCAGUCAGUGCCAAGGAGCUGAAAGAAAAAGAUGCCAUGAGGGCCAGACCCAAGUCUGGAGUUAAACAGCAAAGCAAGAACAAGAGUGAGGUGCCAGACAAAGCCAGACCCUCCUCAGCCCAGGUCUUCCUGACUCAGAAACGAGAGUCCAACCCAGUUCUCACCAAGAACGAACUGAAGGAGAACAAGAAAUCCAACACUACAAAGCGACCAGUGGUGAAGAAAAGUGAGCAAGCUGAGGCAUUUGCUAAAGAGCUGGUGCGUAUGGAGGAGAUGGAGAGAGAGUUUAAGAAGACGACAAAGAUGCUGCAACAGAGACUUGGUAUCUCAGGAGAAGGGGAGGUGUGAUGCUACCUGGUUGGCAAUCAUACCUGUUCACGUUGUGGUCUGGCCAUUAUGUGUGUCAAACCUUUCAGUUUGCAAUUGGUGUGGAAUACAUAUUUUAGAUACAAAACUCCCUGCUGCCAAUAUCCUAGUUACCAACACAAAUCUGGUGCCAAAAGGCUACUUCAGUGUAAAAUUUUUGAAGUGUCGGAACAUUCAAAGCUGUGCAAGAUCAGGUUCUGUAUACAGUAUGUGUAACAUCCUAUCCAUUUAUUUCAGACUGUAACUUCCUUUCCCUAAAGUAAUCAACACAAAUGUACACUCAGUCGAAAUCUGUUCAAAAUAACUGCAACCCGUGUACCAUCCCUGCUAUUUUCCUGGAGAGCCUAAUUGCAUGAGGGUAUUUUUUUUGUCUGAAUCAACAAAUUUUCUACAUCAAACUUGACUACUACACAUUAUAGAUAUUAAAGUCAUUGUAGUUGUUUUUAUUAACUGUACUUUUCAAUCGAAGAGUUCCUGUUUGUGAUAUUUCAGUACCCAUACAUAUGAGUAAUGGAUGCCUAAAUUUUAUUUAGGAGGUGCAUGGUUGUGAAAUGUUACUUUGAAUUCUUGAUCAACUGCUGGCAAUAAUUGCCAGAAUUGUUAUUCAGUAAAGAAAAAAUAGAUGAGAAAAACACAGGGUUAUUAUUUUUUUUUUGCAAUAAAUGAAGUAGAUUCAUUGUUAGUGUUAUGUUAACAUAACCAAGGUGGAAUGACAGAUUUCAAUAUACCUUCUCAUGAACACACAAGUGGGUACUUCUCGUAAUGAAGAGACUGAUGCAAUGCUAGGAAGGCAGAACUUGCGGCACAAUUUUUGUUCUUUCAGUUUGUCAUAGAACGAGUAGCACUAAGACUUCUCAAAGUCGGGGAAGGAAGCUACAAGAUGACCACAGAUGACAGUGUGGUGUGGUUGUGUUGGUGAGAGUUUCUAUGACAUUUAGAGAGACACUGGGUGAACUUGAAUAAAUGAAUAGAUAAAUUGUUGCUGAAUAACGCAUUCCGUGGUAAAUCAGAGAUAUCCAAGCAGAUACUAAGGCAAUAUACUAUUUUUUACAAGUGUAAUUCCUAGAGAUGGAAGAUUUUGAUUGACAAAGGAAUUAGAUACGGAAUUACAUGUAUCUAAUUGUAUUUCAUUAUACUAUGUCAAACAUUCCUCUUCAUGAAACUGGCUGCAAAUUCUAAGACGAUACAGAGAAAGAAAGUAGAAUGGUCCUCUCUAAUGAUGUAUUGACUGUAACAAUAUUUUCAUAGCAUAUAAUUUGUGGCAUAUACAUACUUUUAUAAUUUGUGGACUUGUCCACAACGGUUGCAGUAACUUUUCAUGAAGGAAAGUUGAUUAAUUUAGGGCUCAAGAGCUGCAGGACCUGAAGUAACUGCAAGGUGUCAUCAUUGAGCAACU